CCGCGCAUACGCGCCCGCCCCGCGGCCUCCCUCCGCGCUUCCGCCCGUCCGGGGACCGACAACAAUGAGCGCUCCGGUGCCCGGGGCGGGCCAUGGCGGUGAACUACGCGGCCGGGCUCUCGCCCUACUCGGAUAAAGGCAAAUGCGGCCUCCCCGAGAUCUUUGACCCACCGGAGGAGCUGGAGAGGAAGGUGCGCGAGCUGGCGGACUUGAUAAGGAGCUCCUCCAACGUGGUGUUCCACACCGGGGCCGGGAUCAGCACCGCCUCGGGGAUCCCCGACUUCAGGGGGCCCAAUGGCGUCUGGACCAUGGAAGAGAAGGGGCUCUCCCCAAAAUUCGACACCACCUUUGAGAACGCCCGGCCCUCCAAGACUCACAUGGCGCUGCUGGGGCUGCAGAGGGUCGGCAUCCUGAAAUUCCUGGUCAGCCAGAACGUGGACGGCCUUCACGUGCGCUCGGGAUUCCCAAGGUACUGCCUCCACGUCCCUCGUGUCUGUCCCCGCUGCGUGGCG